AUGUUGAGAGCAUCUUUGAGAAUAAGGGCGGCUAGGACCCCGGUUCUUGCCUUGCGAUCUUCAUUUAGAUAUUAUCUGGCACUGGCACCUUCAUCUUCCUCUGCGGCAACAAAAGCACAAGAACCUACCACUGCCAACGCAUUGACCCCCUUGGGAAGACCGGCUCAGAAAUAUUCUAACCCUCUGGUACAAUUUGGUCCAACAACCUUUACGGAAGUACUUGAUGAAGUCAAUAUUACGUGGGACACAUCAGAUGAUCCAGAUAAAGUAUCUAAACAAAACACCAAGAUUCGUCAUUUCACGAUAAAUUUCGGGCCUCAGCAUCCAGCAGCGCAUGGUGUCUUGCGGUUGAUUUUGGAAUUGCACGGUGAAGAGAUUGUUCGUGGUGAUCCUCAUGUUGGUUUAUUGCAUCGAGGUACUGAGAAAUUGAUUGAGACAAAGACUUAUAUGCAAGCAUUACCUUAUUUCGAUCGAUUGGACUAUGUGUCAAUGAUGACCAACGAGCAGGUUUUUGCAUUGGCUGUUGAGAAAUUAUUAAAUGUUGAAGUGCCAUUGAGAGCCAAAUAUAUACGUACAUUGUUUGCAGAAAUUACAAGGAUAUUGAAUCACUGUAUGUCUGUUUUAACCCAUAUUAUGGAUGUCGGUGGAUUAACUCCUUUUUUGUGGGGAUUCGAAGAGCGUGAAAAGUUGAUGGAGUUUUACGAACGUGUUUCUGGUGCAAGAUUACAUUCUGCAUAUGUUAGACCAGGUGGUGUUUCUCAAGAUUUGCCCUCUGGGUUAUUAGACGAUAUAUAUAUGUGGGCUACUCAAUUUGGUGAUAGGAUUGAUGAAAUCGAAGAGUUGUGCACUGAUAAUCGUAUUUGGAAAGAACGUACUAUUGGAGUAGGUGUUGUUUCUGCAGAUGACGCAUUAAACUAUUCAUUAUCCGGACCAAUGUUGAGAGGUUCAGGUGUACCAUUUGACAUUAGAAAAUCACAACCAUAUGAUGCAUAUGACCUAGUGGAUUUCGAUGUCGCAGUGGGACUCAAUGGCGAUUGUUAUGAUCGUUAUUUGAUUAGAAUGGUUGAGUUCCGUCAAUCUUUACGAAUUAUAUUUCAAUGUAUAAAUGAUAUGCCUCAGGGGCCAGUCAAGGUUGAAGACUACAAGAUAUCACCACCAUCUAGAUCUAUUAUGAAGGAAGAUAUGGAAGCGUUGAUUCAUCAUUUCCUUUUAUUUACAAAGGGGUAUGCAGUACCUCCAGGUGAAACAUAUACUGCCAUCGAGGCACCAAAGGGAGAAAUGGGAGUAUACGUGGUGAGUGAUGGAAGUGAGAGACCUUAUAGGUGUAAAAUCAGAACUCCUGGUUUUGCACAUUUGGGUGCUUUUGAUCAUAUUGCCAGAGGAGAGUUAUUGGCAGAUGCCGUUGCAAUUAUUGGUUCUAUGGAUUUAGUGUUUGGAGAAAUUGAUCGUUAA